AUGGCCUCGGAACAUAAUGUGACGAAGGUUCUGCUGGAAUGGAUCAACAGCUUCUCCCUCGGCAAGACACUCCGGACCGUGGAUGAACUGACGGACGGGGUCAUCCUCUGGGAAAUCCUCCAGGACAUCGAUCCGCAAUACUUCCUUGACGAGAUUCCCGAGCGCAACCCGGAGAACCACUGGGUGGCCAAAUGGCAGAACUUAAAGCACCUCCAUAAGCUCCUACUCAGCUACAUCAAGCACCAAAACGAUGACUCCCUACCCUCCGGCCUCGACCCGUCCCCCGACCUCGAAGCUGUCGCAGAAAAAGCGACUCCCAAGGAAACCAACAAACUGCUGAAACUCCUCUUGAUCGCCGCGAUUUCCUCCCCCAAUGCCGAGACCUAUGUGCAAACCCUUCAAGGAUUGAGCACGUCGACUCAGGAGGGCUUGAAGGACAUCAUUCAGGAGGCACACAAUGGCCAGCAUGAACCCCUGGAUGCGGCUGAUGAACUCAGACAGGAUUUGGCGAAUCGCGAUCAUCCAGUAGAUCUGGAGCUGCAGUUUGAGGAGCGCGUGGGCAAGGUGCUAGCAGAGAACGAUCGGCUGAGCCAUGAGAAAAAGGAGCUGGAAAAAGCGCUGGAGGAUCUUCAUAACCGGCUGGCACGUUUGCAGGAGAAUAAUGAUACUCUGCAGAACCGCCUUGCAUCCACGGAGGAUCGUUUAGUCACGCUGAAGUCUGGUAAAGGAGACGUGGGCUUCAAUGCUAAGGCUUUGGAAAGUAAAUCACGUCAGCAGGAGGACAUCAUUGCGUCGCAAGAAGCCAAGCUGUCUGCUGCCCAAGACGAAAUUGACAGCUUGCGUAUGACAGUGGAGUCAUUGAAGGUCAAAAACCAGCGUUACCAGAAGCUUCAAGAUGACUACGACGAACUCCGUACUGAGCGAGACCAACUGGCACGCAAGGCGAACGCGGCAGAGAAAUACCGCCAGAAGCUUCAAGCCAAUCAAGAUUUUGAGAGGGAAAACCAGAACCUGAAGAAUCAGAUCAAAGAUCUCCAGCAACAGCUCAAAGACGCAGACUCACAACAGCGUUGGACUUCUGAACGUGAUGUGGAGCUGGAGGAAUAUCGUAAACUGCUCCCCCGUAUUGAGCAGGAGUGCAGUGAGAUCCAAAACUUGAAGAAGCAGCUUGAGUUCAAUAACCACGCGCUUACCGAGAGGCUGCAAAGUGCUGAUGAGCAGCAUGAGAGAGAUGAUGCUCUCAUAAGCGAGCUUCGUGAACGCCUACGAGAUGUGGAGGGUCUGCCAGGCACGUCUUCGCCAGGUUCUGAGACACCUAACAUGCAAGGAACUCUGUCCAAAGACUUUGAAGCUAUUGGCAUGAAGGAAUCUCAACUUAAAUCUGAAAACGAUGACCUGAAACGCGAACUGGAAUCAUCCAAAACCCUGUCAACAGCUCCGGAGUCUCAGCCCGAGGUCUUUUCGGAGAAUUUCAAUUCAUCUGUACAAAUCGCACGCACAAACUCUUCUCAAAGCGACGAGUACUGGAAAUUAUAUGAGACAUAUACCGGUACAUUGAAGAGGCUUGCCGAAGUACAAAACACCCUUGAAAACAGCAAGAAGGACCUCUCUGAUGCACAAAAUCAAAUAAAUCUUGUCAGCCUGGAAAAAGCAGACAUUCUUCAAGAAAUUGAAGAACAUCAUUCGGCCGAGCUUGCUAGACUUCGUGAGAAUUGGGAUAGUCUCACGCAAAACGUGCAUCAUCUGGAGGCUGAAGUUGAUGCCAGCCAGACUCUCGUCCGCGAAGUCUGCGCCGAGAGAGAAGAGUUGCGGAAGAUGCUCGAUACGAAACAAAAUGAGAUCAGCGCCGAGGACCAAGAAGUGAUGAAUGAGAUGCAGAUGCUGCUGGGCGAAUUCGAAACCCAUAACGGCGAGAGUGGCGAUGCUCAAAAAUCUAGCUUUGAGCUCCUAAAGCAGUGUGCUGGCGUCCUGGAGAAGAAUGUUGAACGCCUUGCUCAACGUGCGGAGUACAUUCAACAACAGAAUGAACUCAUCAAGUCUCUGCGCGAGAGCAUGAAGAACUACGAGGAGAACCUGGAUGAUGGGAUUCCCAAAGAACGUGAACUGGAAUUACAAAAAAUCAUUGAUGACCAAGCUCGUGAGCUCAGCCUUGUGAGCUCGGCCUGGUACCACCUUCAGAGCCGCUGGCAGAAUAAUAAUAUGACUGUGUCUCGAUACCGACAUGGGGCGAGUUUGUCAGAUCCUCGAGGUUGGCUGGCUAAGCAACGAGGUGCAGUUGCUGGCCAAUAA